AUGGGGGAAGGUGCUCCUACUACAACUGAUGAUGAUGAUGAGAAGAAGAAGAAGACAAAGAAGAAGACAAAAGAAGACGAAGAAGAGAGAUCCGACGACGACGACUCUGAUUCCGAAGAAGAAGAAGAAGAACACAGAGCACCGAUUAAAAUCUCCAACCUGGACGAUUUAAACGCCAUCAAACGCGCGUACGAGGAGAUGUUUUGCGACGGUUUAUUACACACGGAAAAGAUUAAAGAAACGCACUCGGUUUCAAACACGAAAAUCUUCAUCGGGAGCGUGGCGUGUGUGUUCGCGUUUGUCGCGCAGUUAUACCCGGUAUAUUUGAAGAGGAAAGGUGGAUACGACGUGAAGUUUCACGAGGAUCCUUUUUUGCAACGGUUGACGUUUCUGUGCGUGUGUGGGUACGUGAUUACGAACGUGAUUUUGACCGCGUUCAUUCUGUUUUGCGAACGAGGGGUUUUGCUUUGGGGGGAGUUUUACGACGACGACGACGAAGAGGACGACGAAGAGGAAGAGAAACAAGAAGAGGAUGAGAAGGAUGGGAAGAAAAAGACUAGCAUUAGCACGAACGCAGCGUUAAUAGGGCACAAAGUGUGCGCGAGAAUACACCACAUGCGGUUCUCGCAAAACUUGACGUUAGAGCUCGUCUCGCGGGAACUGUUGUCAAACGGAGUGGCGAAGAAGAUGGACAAAGAAAAGAAAGUGAAGACGAAAGACGGGGUGGUGAUUUUACCAACCACGAGAGGAAGAGUGACGAAAGUAGUGAACGUCGCGGAGUACGUGUAUACGGACGGGGUCUUCGCGGAGACUUCGUACUUGAACAUGGUCGAGCAGUUAGUCGCCGAGUACGAGCAGUCGUUGGAGAAGAAGGAUAAGUGA